AUGGCAACCCAAGAUGCCCGCAGAGGCAAUGGCGAAAGCCUUGAUAGCCAUGAGCCCUUACUCAUAGCUCCUUCGUUUCUAGACUCGCGGCGGCAACUUUCACGAUCGCCUCGCCCUUACUCUCGGCGCGGAUCCAGCCUCAUCACGCCGAUGGACAAUGUUGAAUCUGGUAACUAUACUACCUCACGGGGGAAAUCGUCUAUAACAUCUAGCGAAAGCGGGACGGAGGCAGACGAUGAGAGCACAGGCUUUCUGAAAGGCCUACCGGCGCCUCAAAUACGACCAAGACAAACCCUGAGUCUAGGAAAGUGGAAUGCCCAGGGGAAGCGUGAAGGGUUGACGGGAGAGAAGUUAUGGUCCGCCUUCCGGAGGUCGAGGUUAGUGUCUUCGAGGAGAGAUUCAAGCGAAGAUGCGUGUAGAGAUGAGAUAGAUGUCCGGGAAGAGGUGGCCAGGCGGAAUCGGAGUGAAGUUCUACGGAGAUUGUUUGAGACAGGGUUGGUACUUGUUGUAGGCGUGGUGGUAUAUUUUGGGAAGGAUGUAAGAUAUUCUGCUAGAGCUUGGAAUGGAGAGCUUUCUACAUUUUCGAUUACAAUUCUUGUACUUUAUUUGAUAUAUCCCUUUCAAAUCACCACGUAUGGUUUCCGACGGCGCCGCUGGAAAGCUAUUGUGGCCUUCCCAUUCUCGACCAACCUCGAUCCUGCUCCUCUAAUAUACCCUGUUCUCCUCCCUGUGCUGAUUGCGUUAUCCCUGAUACACAACCACCAGGUGUCAAUAUUACCAAAUAUAAUACUUGGCCUCUCCUCGAUACCUUCUCCUGUUAUACCUUUCUACACUAUACGGCAUGGCUUUGUUAUAACACACUGGGCUAUCACAAUUCUGCCGGUUAUCACCUCGAAUAUCCGUUCACGAAGCUCAGAACCCUUCCAGGGACUUAACCCGGAGCUCCUGCUCCUUAUUUUCCCCUUACACCAAGCGCUUGUAACAACUUUGCAUUUCUUUUCCACAACCAGCCUAUUGCAUACCGAAUUGCAACUCCUUGCUACUGGGCUCCUUAACGUCCUGUUCUUCGCUAAUUCAUCCCAAGGGGAAAUUCUGAAGGCGCUACUGUGGCUUGGCGGGAUCUGUAUGCUCUUUCUAUGUCAACAUGUCCUUCGUUGGGAGGUCAUUUUGGCUAGAAUACCGUCUUGGAAAUUUCGUCGGUCACCUAGGAGGGAUGACCGGCGGGGGGGUUAUCUUAAGAUGCUUGAUCAUAACAUCUGCUACAGCCUUAGCCAUGUUGGUCAUGACGGUGAGGCGUUGUCUGAUAGUGACGUCCCUGUCAGUGGGUUUGCAAUGAUCAGGGGCGGCAAGGACAACCAAGGCCACAACAUCUUUAUGAAACAUAAUGUCUCUAAGAUAUCCGAUGAUCGAGCCGCGACUCCUCGCGUUGACCCUGCUCUAUUGGACAACAUGCAAUCAAAUUAUGAGAUUCUACCGCAAGAAUUCCCUGCGAAUGCCCAAUCGAAAAGUGCCCACAGCCACCGUCGUCAACCAUCGGUUUUUGCCAAUGGCGAUGUAGAUGGGAAUGUUAAAACUACACCUGGUGGCCGACGUAGACGAUUAAUGACGCCGAACCUCCAAUCAUUCCUUUCUCUUACAGCUGCUCAGGCUCAAGUGCGGAAGUGGGCAUAUGCACUAUAUACCUAUGCCGCGACAUUAUUUAUUAUCCUGGUGCCAGUGAGAAAAUAUGUUGGGCAGAAUGCGCUGCAUGGAAAUGAGCCUUUCGGGUGGGCAAUUGGAUAUCUGUUUGGCAAUAUCCCAUCCGUCAGGUUUCAGAUUGUGAAAAAUAACCUGGAGAAUUGGGUGCGAAUACCUCCUUUACUCGAUACAGAAAUGGACAACAAAUCAUGCCAUCUGGGAUGGGUGGAUCAUCUCCGGCGAGAUACUCUCGGAGAGGCUAAUACCCGCCUCCUGAUCGCCUGCUAUUGUGCUCUCGUCAUCAUGGUGGGAUUGGGGUUGGUGAUUCGUCUCAGCGGUGCCGUUGAAGUAGACACUCGGCGCAAAGUUUUCCAUGGAAUGAUGGUCCUGAUGUUUCUGCCAACCACCUUCAUUGACCCGACAUUUACGGCACUCGCUCUGGCUCUCAUUCUGGCCAUUUUCCUCUUGUUAGAUCUAUUUCGAGCCUCGCAGCUACCACCCAUCUCGAAGCCGCUCACAUACUUCCUUGCUCCCUAUGUUGAUGGCCGCGACCAUCGCGGCCCCAUCAUCGUUUCCCACAUCUUCCUCCUCAUUGGUUGUGCCAUCCCACUCUGGCUUUCUCUUGCUGGGAUCCCUCGCACUGGUAGCCCGCCCUGGAAGGGAUGGGACGUGGAGACACGCGAUCUCAGCAUGGUCAGCGGAGUUAUAUGUGUUGGUAUGGGUGAUGCUGCAGCGUCUCUGGUGGGGCGACGGUAUGGCCGACAUAAGUGGUUUUGGGGUGGCGGAAAGAGUGUUGAAGGUAGUAUGGCCUUUGCAGUCGUCGUUUUUGUGGGGAUACUAACGGCACGCCUUUGGUUCAUUGUUGGGGGGUGGGAUCGUUCUGUUUCCGUUCCGAUAUCUCGGGCGAUAUCCCCAUCCUGGCCAACGAUGGCGACAUCGAAGGGUUGGGCUGUCGUCGUCAGUAAAUCUAUUCUUGCAGCGCUAGUGUCCAGCUCCAUGGAGGCAGUGUUAUCGGGCGGGAAUGAUAAUGUUGUGGUGCCGUUAGUUUUGUGGUUGCUUGUUCGAGGAUUGGUGGGAAGUGUGGUUAUUACGCAGCUUCGAACUUGUUCGAAUCAGGAUUGCAAGAUUAACCAGCUGGAUUAUCAGAUUCUUCGCAUGAGGCCUCCUAGUUCCCUAAAACAGGAACAUUCUACGAAACCAUCAUCGACGAAUGCUCGCGGUGUCCGAAAUCUCAUACCAACUACUUUAUUUGGAAUGGAGCCCGCUACCCAUCUUUCAUAUCUAGAGAAAAUUGCGGAAAGCAGUUUCAUCCAAUCUCCAUGCCUUUUGUUUAGGAUGGAGCCAAGAGAACCUGGAAAUAGGACGGCGAUUGACUGCUGCAUGCGACUAGAAAUGAAGCGGGUGGACGGAAAAGCUUUAAACGAGAACCAACUUGGAGCUGUUUGGGUGUUUAAAUAUCCCCUUGACAUCGCAUCGCAUAGCAUCGCGUCCAUGAUUGGACAACUCCUUCCCGUCCAAUUUGGGGGAGCCAAGUCAUUUACGAAACGAGGACCGGCUGUGUUCAACCCAAAGGAAGGCACGAUAGGCGCAGAGAGAGAAAAUCAGACAGUUGAACUUGGAAGUUCAACCACAAUCGACAGGGUCAAUAAGGACAGUGCCCCAAGUACGCAUAUAUCUAGAAUAUCCGGAACAAACAAACUCACAUGCCACUAUGGAUUGCCGGGUGUUCAGACGUUAAGGUUAUUUUUGAGGGUUGAGGAGCUGUUUUUGAUACAGUGA